AUGAAGACACUAGGUCAGGUGGAGGGAAAGGAUGUUGCCAUGUUCAAACUUUGGCAAACAAAACUGAAAAAGGUACUGCCCGAUAUUCAAGCAAUGGAGGUGAGGGACCCUCUGGAAACUCCAACGUCGGAACCUACCGAAUGGACAUUGAACAUGGAAGAUUUGAUCGACGAGAAUGGUAAUCUCGACAAGCUCGCAGUAGCUGCAGAAUGGACUGAAAGUCUCCAAGACGAAGACAUGACGGAGGAAGACUGA